AUUUUCACCCCGAUCCUCCAGGUCGUGCAAGGUAGGCUGAGUGUGGGAGACUUCCCGUCUUCAUCAUACAGAGCAUCACAGUUAAUGAAGCUGAUGGUGGCAGGUUUUCUGUAAGAACUGAAGUGCUGAAAUGAAAUCACUUGCAUGACUUACGAAUGGAGUGCUGACCAUGAAUGCUCUGUUAAGGCGUACUCUCGUGGACCUUAUUCCUUGUCAAGGGGGUUUGUGGAGUUUUGGAAAGCUCGGCCCCCUCUAUAGCCUCUCUGCUCAGUUUAAUCAGAAUGAGUGUCAUCCUGCAGCCCAAAUUCAUACUAGUCCUCAGAUCUGUGCAUGGAGGCCAGGCAGUCCCCUUCCAAAAGGACCUCAGAGGUGGACAAAGAAAAAUCAGGUCAUCUAUCCCCCUCAGGAGCCUCACGAAGAAAGACGUCCUGCUUUUGUUUGCCAUAUGAGGACCAACAUCAAGUACAGUCCAUGGAAGAUGUGGUAUAUAGCAUCAAUGGUUAGAGGGAUGUCCGUAGAUGAAGCUGUGAAGCAGCUGUCCUUUGUCAACAAGAAGGGAGCUGCCUAUGUCAGGGACACCAUCCUUGAAGCACAGGAGAUUGCUGUCAGGGAGCAUAAUGUCGAAUAUCGAAGUAACCUUUGGGUUUCUGAUUCCUUUGCUACAAAAGGUGUUGUGAUCCGAGGAGUCAGACGGCAUGCCAAAGCACGAAUGGGAAAGGUGGAAUACUUCCAUUGUCAUUAUUUUGUGAGGUUGGAGGAAGGGCCUCCUCCUGUGCAUUAUUUUGAACCCCCUCUCACCUCAGAGCAGAAAUUGGAAGUGUGGUUGGCAGAGAAGCGGAAUCGGACUGUUCAUUGGUCUCUUUGAUCUUGGAAUUUGUACUUUAUUCAUG